AAUAUAUAUAUUCACAUUCAAUCAUAAAAAAAACCUAAGAGCGUUAGAACAGAAAAGAAGUGCAAACAAGGCGCACAUAAUAAUAGUACCCUUCUUCUUCGUUUCUUAGCUCUCCACUCGCCUAUUAACCCUCACCGGAAUCUCUGAUUCGAUCUUGGUUUUCCCAUAUAGCACAAGACAUAGAGCCGUGUGAAUUUGCGAUAUGCUGGGUAAUUGUCGCCAAUACCCAAUCUCUUGGGUACUCCUUUACCAACCCCCACCGCCGCAUUAAUUAUUUUUCUCUUGGAAUCGGACAAAGGUUCCACUGAGACUGAAACUUUUUAAGGCCAAAAAAAUGCUCGAUUCGGUUCUUCUGGCGCUUUUCUUGCCGUGCCUUGGCAUGAGCGGGGUUUUUAUCGUCUACAUGUGCCUUCUAUGGUACGCCACUACCCGCCGCAACCAACCCCCCAUUGACGGUCAACCGGUGAAGCCCGUAACUGAUAAGGGUCUAUCAGCUUUGGAGUUGGAGAAGCUUCCAAAAAUCACCGGCAAAGAACUCGUCUUGGGCACCGAAUGCGCCGUCUGCCUCGACGAGAUCGAGAGCGAGCAACCGGCUAGAGUGGUCCCCGGUUGCAACCAUGGAUUUCAUGUCCAAUGCGCUGACACCUGGCUCUCUAAGCACCCUAUUUGCCCCGUUUGUAGGACCAAGCUGGACCCGCAAAUCUUCACUUCCCAAAGCCCCUGCUGAACAAUGAAGCAUUCAUUAUUCAAGGAAUGAAUAAGGGAAGCCAAAUUUUCAAUUAGUAAUUUCAUAAUUAUCUUUAUUGUUUUCUUUGUCAGUUCUUUAUAGUUUCUUGAACUUCCGUUACUAAUUAUUAUUAUUAUUAUUAUGUGUCGUGUAGUGGUUCAGUGGUUGUGGUGUGUUAUGGCCUGGAUGAAUUUAGCAGUAGUACCCGAAAAUUCAGAAGCCAUGUUUAAUUUAUGUGUUUAUUGUUUAAUUUUUAUAUUAUGGGGUUUGGAGGAGAUGUAACUGUGAAGCUUGUUGGAAUUUUUCA